AACCGAACGCUCGACUCGAUCAUUCAGCAGCCUCAUUGAACUCGCGACUGCCACGCGCCGUCUGGCAGCCUCUCAGUGGCCGUUCUACACAAUUUUUCGGUUUGCCUUAGUUGUACGCUGCUUGUGAACUUGUGGCUACAAUGACCCAGCAUGUACAUACGUAGUUAGGAUAGCGAGCUGUGUCAUCAACAUGGCCCUUCCGAUGACGAUUCCAGGAGAUCCAAGUGACUCCAGAGCCCACUUUCGAUGUCAAUAUUACUGCAAUCGUUGCGUGCAGGGCUCGCUUGUUACGGCCCACGAACUGCAAGCUAGCAUUGCUCCCCUUUCAAUUCACUUCACCCGCUGUCAUUUCCAACCAUUAGGAGAAUGCUGUAGCAGCGCGGUUUGCGAUGCGCUGUCGUGGGUCUCGAGCAGGGCGACCGGAUUUGGUUUGAUCAACCUCUUGGGAAUCCUGGUUGUCGUUCUUCAUAUCCGUCUCUUCUCGUUCAUGCCUUCGCCUCUCAACUCUCCAGUUCUUUCAUAUCUUGCCAGCGGCCAAUUGCGACGCUUUCUUGCAUGGUGUUCCAAGUGUAUCGAGCGAACGCAUAACUUGAGUGCCGAACAGCUUCGGAGGAAGACGAAGCAGUGAGGUCAUGGGUAUUUCUAACCAGUGUUUUGACAGUUCACGAGAUU